AUGGCUUUUCACAACUUCUUACUUCUAGUCAUGAUUCUAUGGACUUGCAGGCUGCAAGACACCGUCAUCUGCUCGGAGCACCGCAAGUGCAACAGUACCGCGGCCUAUCUAAACUGUGAGGGGCUCGGCUUGGCAAACUGGGACGUCGAAAACUUUGAAAUAUUCCAAACCAUUUCUCGGCUCAAGAAGGAUAAGAUAUCCAUCGUCUACUUUAGUAGGAACCGACUCACGGAGGUACCUUGGAACGGACUCUCGACAGUUCCUAGCCUGUACGUACUGUACCUGGACCACAACCAGGUAGAGUCAUUUUCCCCGGGAACGGCACUACGUCAUCUGUCCAAGCUCAGCUCCAUCCACCUGUCGUACAACAGGAUCAAGGCGUUAACUGAAGGCGAGUUCCGCAGACCGGUACAGGACAGACCGCUGCUCAGAGUGUACCUGGAUAACAACCCCAUACACUGUGACGCAACGGUUCUGUGGUUGGCCAAUAUCUCACUCCACGAAAGGAGCUGCAGGUGUUUCAAAGAGUGUUACGGCGACGUCAUUUGUAUGCAGCAAUGUCAGGAAAACUGCACCGAGAAUGCACUAAACCUCCACUUCCACAGCGACUACUCCAGUAGGAUAACUUGUGCCUCACCCGAAUACAUGCGGGGAAAACUGAUUCACGAAAUGCUCACCACUGAAAACAUGCCUUCGACUGAUGAGACAACCGAAACAGGGGCUAACAUAACAACAAACGUUGCAGUCUUUCAACCGUUCACGAAAGCAACUGCUCCAAAUGGGGACAUUCGGUAUAUUCUACCGAAACACAACCAGCAAGGGCGAUCCCAACUCAUCAGGCACAUUGCUGUUUCGGUUGCAAUGGCAAUCGUGGCCAUCGUUCUCUUGGUGUUGAUAUGCAAGUGCAGAAAGGCCAAGCUUGUACAACGUCGCCGCAGAGCAGAAGCCAGGGGAAGGCAGCUGACCUGUUCCCGCAACCACGCGUACGAGACGGCCCGAAAUGUGGUCGUCGAGAAUGUGGAGGAAGAGCAGGACAGGGACGAGACGACGCCAUACGGGAUCGCUAAACAGAACCCGAUCUACGUGACCGCGGACGAGCAGGACGGAGAAGAGCCGUGA